AUGGAUCGCAGCCUUGACGAAACAAUCGCCGAACGCCAGAGAGCAGAAACCCGCUCUCGCAGAGCCCCUCCAUCGCAGCAGCGCCGUAGAGAAUACAACUAUCCUCGCGAUGGCGUCAGAAAGUCUGCCAGGGACGACCGCGCGAACUUGGAUAAUGACUGGGUUCACGACCGUUACGAUGACGAACCGGAUAGCCGCCGCUACGAUCGACCAAGGGAAAGUAAUUACCGUCGCGACGAUGAUCGCUCGCCAGAACGUGACAGAAAACUUCCUCCAGCCAAACUCAGAGUUGAGAACUUGCACUACGAUCUGACGGAGGAUGAUAUUUGGGACCUUUUCCAACGCAUUGCUCCUGUGAAGGAAGCUCGACUCCGCUAUGAUCGCGCUGGCCGCUCUGAAGGAAUUGCCUUUGUCACAUAUGAACGUGUCGCAGACGCACGAGCUGCUAUCCGCGAAUUCGACGGUGCCAACGCAAAAGGACAGCCAAUCCAUAUCACCCUCCUUCCACUUCAGAGACGAGACAACCCUUUUGACCGCGUGGAGAAUCCGAAAAGCCUGUUUGACAGGAUCGAGGCGCCGACGAGCCGCAGUCGACGACGAAGUGAGAGUCCGAUGGAAGAACUCGACGAAGAGCGGAGAAACCGCCGCGCGCCACGACGGGGAGGCCCCAGAGACCGACGGAGUGACACCACCAAACCGCCUCCAGAAAACAUCGAUCGCUACAUCCCAGGCCAGCGCGACAGCCGAAGUUCGAGUCAUCGUGGAGGGCGGCGACCGGGUGAACGGAGGGAACGUGCUGGUCGAGAUGGAGAGGGACAUAAAUUGGUCAACGGCAGGCCGCGAAAGACGGCAGAAGAACUCGAUGCAGAAAUGGACGACUAUUGGGGGUCUGCCGGCCCUCACGAGGAGACGUCCACUGGUGGCGCGCCGGCGGUGCAAGAAGGUCAGCCCGCAGCUGGAGAUGAUAUCGACAUGAUCGAAUAA